AUGGAAGCUCUUCCACCAAACCCUAACCCUCCUCCGAUUCGCGACGACGAACCCGAACACGACCCGCCUUAUUUUCCCGCUAUCUCCGAUUCAAAACCUCCGCCUCCGCCUCCGCCGCAGUCCCCUCAAACCCUAGCUCCCGGCGCCGGAAUCCCCUCACAGGAUCCCGAGACUGCUGCUGAGAACGGCGACUGUACCAAACCGGUUUCCAAUGGAGAGGAGGAGACCUCGGGCAGACGCCGCCGCCGCAGCCGGUGGGACCCGCAGCCGGAGCCGGACGGCGGCGCGAGGAAGAGGAAGUCGCGGUGGGCCGAUGAGGAGCCGAAGCCGGUGGUUCAGUUCAUGGGAGGUAUUGAAUUCGAUCCUGAAAUUCAAGCUUUGAAUAGUAGGCUUGUUGAGAUUAGCAGGAUUUUGUUUUCCGGUUCGGUUUUAGAUGAUCGGCCGGAAGGGGAGAGGUCUCCGUCGCCGGAGCCGGUGUAUGAUAACUUUGGAAUUAGGAUUAAUACGAGAGAGUAUCGAGCGCGUGAGAGGUUGAAUAGAGAGAGGCAGGAGAUUAUUGCUCAGAUUAUUAAGAGGAACCCUACAUUUAAGCCUCCGGCGGAUUACAGGCCGCCGAAGAUUCAUAAGAAGCUGUAUAUACCUUUGAAAGAGUACCCUGGUUAUAAUUUUAUAGGACUUAUAAUCGGCCCCAGGGGGAAUACUCAGAAGAGGAUGGAGAAGGAGACUGGUGCUAAGAUUGUCAUCAGGGGCAGAGGCUCGGUGAAAGAGGGUAGGUUGCAACAGAAGAGGGACUCGAAACCGGACCUUUCGGAGAACGAGGACUUGCAUGUUUUGGUUGAGGGUGAAACGCAGGAGGCUGUUGACGCUGCGGCUGGGAUGGUGGAGAAGCUGUUGCAGCCUGUGGAUGAGGUGUUGAAUGAGCAUAAGAGGCAGCAGCUUAAGGAACUGGCGUUGUUGAAUGGGACGAUUAGGGAAGAGGAGUUUUGUAGGUUAUGUGGUGAGCCAGGGCAUCGUCAGUAUGCUUGUCCGUCACGAACGUCAACAUUUAAGAGCGAGGUUCUUUGCAAGAUAUGUGGUGAUGGUGGGCAUCCGACUAUUGAUUGUCCAGUGAAGGGUACGAAUGGGAAGAAAAUGGAUGAUGAGUACCAGAACUUUUUGGCUGAGUUAGGUGGGACAAUGCCUGAAUCAGCUACUAAGCAGACUGGUACUUUGGCUCUUGGCUCAGGCAGCUCAGGAAGCAAUCCUCCUUGGCCUAAUAAUGCUGGGGGUCCUAGCAGUACAGCACAUCCAGGAUUGGGCUCAACUGGAUUGAAGCCUCCCAAGGAACAUGAUGACACAAAUUUGUACAUAGGGUACUUGCCACCUACACUUGAUGAUGACGGUUUGAUUGGGUUGUUUUCACGUUUCGGCAAUAUUGUGAUGUGCAAAGUUAUUAAGGACCAUGCCACUGGAUUGAGUAAAGGUUAUGGAUUUGUGAAGUAUGCUGAUGUUGAAAUGGCUAAUAGUGCUAUUGCAAGCAUGAAUGGUUUUUCCAUCGAGGGUCGAACCAUUGCUGUCAGAGUUGCUGGCAAGCCUCCACAGCCGGUUCUGCCUCCUGGACCACCAGCUUCGGCAAUGUCACCUUACACAGUCUCAAGCCAGCUUGCUGGUGCUUAUCCAUCCCAGCAAUUUACCCCAGGUGGUCCUCUUGGGAAUGUACCACCCACUAGUUAUGCAGGAACUCCACUUCCUUGGGUAUCCCCUGUUUCUCAUUCAUAUACUCCGUAUACUCCUCCACCUCCCCUUCCUUUUGGCAUGUAUCCUCUUCCCUUACCGGGUCCACCUAUGGCUGCAUACGGUGCACAGUACCCUCCUCCUCCUGGUGCCUCACCUCAGCUGGUGACGUCAAGUGAAGCACAACAGAGUUACCCUCCUCCAGGGGUUCAGUCUGAAACCCCUACCCAAUCUGCUCCAACAAAUAUAUAUGCAAUGCCAACAAAUGGCCAACAUGCCCAUCCAGUGUCUGCGUAUAAUUACCAAUCUUUUGCACCGCCUCCCUCCCCCGGACCUGUACCCGGUUCAACUGCACACCAAUCCCAGAGCAUUGGUAAUGUGCCAUGGGCCACAAGUACUCCUGUUCCCCCUCCUACUUCUGCAGAGAAAGCAAGAAAUGGUGCAGAUGCAGAGUAUGAGAAGUUCAUGGCAGAGAUGAAAUGACAUGGUUCUUUCUCUAUUAUUCCAACUUGAAGUGACAUGAGCUGGAACUUCAGUUGAUUGCUCUCAU